AUGCUCGCCGAAUUUAUAAAAUAAUUUAUCAAAAUUUGCUGUGUUGUUGAAUAAGAAUAGAGCCGUUCUCGCAAAAUUACAAAUAUAAAGAUAUUUAUUUAAGAAUGAAAGACAAUAGGCCCUUCCCGCCCCUUAAGAAUGACAAUUUGCUACGUGCCGCACGUGGAGAAGUUGUGGAUCGGGUGCCCGUCUGGGUGAUGCGUCAAGCUGGACGCUACUUACCCGAGUUCCAGGAGCUGCGCAAGCAACACGACUUUUUUACUGUUUGUCGUACACCGGAGCUGGCUUGCGAGGUGACCAUGCAGCCAUUGCGACGUUUCGAUUUGGACGCUUCCAUAAUAUUCUCGGACAUAUUGGUUAUACCCCAAGCCCUUGGCUUGACGGUAGAGAUGCACGCCGGCGUGGGCCCCGUGCUACCACAGCCCAUCUGCACACCCGAGGACUUGAAGCGUUUGACACCAGACGGCGCUCUGUCGCGGUUAACGUACGUGGGCGAUGCUAUAACCAUGAUGCGCCACAAAUUGGAUGGCCGCGUGCCCUUGAUUGGCUUCACCGGCGCACCCUGGACACUCAUGGGCUACAUGAUUGAAGGUGGCGGUAGUAAGACCAUGUCCAAGGCGAAGGCCUGGCUGACCAACUAUCCGGAGGACACGAAACUGUUUUUAAAUCUGCUUACGGAUGUUAUUGUGGAUUAUCUGGAGAUGCAGGUCAUAGCAGGCGCCCAAAUGCUGCAGGUCUUUGAGUCAUCUGCCGAGCACCUAAGCAAGGAGGAGUUUUUGCUUUGGUCGGCACCCUAUCUGCGUCGCAUACGCGACGAUCUUGUAGAUCGCCUCACCAAGAAAGUAAUACCAGUGGUGCCCCUUAUUAUAUUUGCCAAGGGCGCUGGACAUUCACUUAAGGAGCAAAGCGAGCUGGGCUACGAUGUUAUUGGGCUAGACUGGACUGUGGAUCCGGUGGAGGCGCGUGCAGUGGUCGGUCCAAAUAUAACACUACAGGGCAAUCUCGAUCCACAAAGCAUGUACUGUGAACCGAGUGAAUUGCGCUCGCUCGCCACUGAAAUGGUGCACAAAUUUGGCAAAUCACGCUACAUUGCAAAUUUGGGACACGGCAUAACGCCUCAGACGCCCAUCACAAGCAUGGAAGUGCUCGUUGAGGCGGUACAUAAUGCGUUAUAGAUUGCAAUUAUAAUUGAUUGAAUUUUUUCAAUAUUGUAUUUACAUAAUAAUAAAGACAAUUUGGCCUUGGGUUAGGGUAAUAAAUGUAAAAAGGAA